UUUUCCCGGUUCCUGUUUCUGAUCUCCUCUUCUUCGGUGAUACCUGGCCGGGGCAUCCCGAUAACGCAGCCAUCAGAGCGUCCCUGACAGCUUUUAAAAGCAGCGGCCCGGCGGACAACAUGGAGAUGUACGGUAACUCCCAAAAGAAACGGAAACUAAACAACGUAACGGAGAACUGGGGGAUGCAACGUGCCACUAAUGUCACAUAUCAAGCCCACCACGUCAGCAGGAACAAGCGUGGGCAGGUGGUGGGCACCAGAGGCGGCUUCCGAGGAUGCACCGUUUGGCUCACUGGUCUGUCUGGUGCUGGAAAGACCACCGUGAGCAUGGCCCUUGAGGAAUACCUGGUCUGCCACGGGAUCCCCUGUUACACCUUAGACGGGGACAACAUCCGCCAGGGCCUGAACAAGAACCUGGGCUUCAGCCCUCAGGACCGAGAAGAGAACAUUCGCCGUAUUGCAGAAGUAGCGAGGCUUUUUGCCGACGCCGGCCUCGUCUGCCUUGCCAGCUUCAUCUCGCCCUACGGCAGGGAUCGUCAGAAUGCCAGAAAGAUUCACGAGGCCGCAGGGCUGCCUUUCUUUGAGGUGUUUGUCGACGCCCCGCUGGACGUGUGCGAGCAGAGGGAUGUGAAGGGUCUCUACAAGAGAGCCAGAGCGGGCGAAAUAAGAGGUUUUACCGGCAUCGACUCAGAGUACGAGAAACCCGAGGCACCCGAGCUGGUGCUCAAGACGGACUCGUGCAACGUGAACGACUGCAUCCAGCAAGUGGUGGACCUGCUUCAGGAGAAGGACAUCGUGCCUGUUGACGCCAGCUACGAGGUGAAAGAGUUGUACGUCCAGGAGAACAACCUGGACCUGGCCAAAGCCGACGCACAGAUGCUGCCCGCUCUUCAGAUUGGGAAGGUGGACAUGCAGUGGGUACAGGUUCUAGCUGAAGGCUGGGCCACUCCACUCAGUGGCUUCAUGAGGGAGCGGGAGUAUCUUCAAUGUCUCCACUUUGACUGCCUUCUAGACGGUGGAGUCAUCAACCUGUCAGUGCCAGUCGUGUUGCCGCUGGCUUCAGAGGAUAGAGAGCGCUUGAACGGCGUAACAGCCGUGGCGCUGGUCUACGAGGGCAAGCGGGUAGCCAUCCUUCGCAACCCAGAGUUCUAUGAGCACCGCAAGGAGGAGCGCUGUGCUCGCCAGUGGGGCACCACCUGCAAGAACCAUCCUUACAUUAAGAUGGUGAUGGAAAGCGGCGACUGGCUCGUCGGCGGAGACCUGGAGGUGCUGGACCGGAUCUACUGGAACGACGGGCUGGACCAGUACCGACUGACGCCCAGCGAGCUCAAGCAGAAGUUUAAAGAAAAGAACGCAGACGCCGUUUUCGCCUUCCAGCUGCGCAACCCGGUACACAACGGCCACGCUCUCCUGAUGCAGGACACCCACAAGCGUCUGACCGAGCGGGGCUACCGCCGACCCGUCCUGCUGCUCCACCCGCUGGGGGGCUGGACCAAAGACGACGACGUGCCCCUGCCCUGGCGCAUGAAGCAGCACGCCGCCGUGCUCGAGGAGGGCGUCCUGAAUCCAGACUCUACCAUCGUGGCCAUCUUUCCCUCGCCCAUGAUGUACGCCGGCCCGACUGAGGUUCAGUGGCACUGCAGGGCUCGGAUGGUGGCCGGUGCCAACUUCUACAUUGUGGGCCGCGACCCUGCCGGCAUGCCCCACCCCGACACAGGAAAGGACCUGUACGAGCCCACCCACGGUGCCAAGGUCCUCACCAUGGCUCCCGGCCUCAUCACUUUGGAGAUUCUGCCUUUCAAAGUCGCCGCUUACAACAAGCUCAAAAGAGCGAUGGACUUCUACGAGCCCAAAAACCAUCAAGAUUACGACUUCAUCUCCGGCACACGCAUGCGCAAGUUGGCCCGCGAGGGGGGCAACCCUCCCGACGGUUUCAUGGCUCCAAAGGCGUGGGCCGUGUUAAAGGACUACUACAAGUCUCUGGAGAAGGCCUAAAAGUUCCAGUCAGGCCAACGGAGCUGAAAGCCGAGGACACUGGGGUCUAUUGAUCUUUAAACAGGUGGAAGUUGGGACCAUUGUCACACAUGAACUGUAAAGUGUCACACAUACUGUAUGUACUUCUUUUGACCUUAGGGUUAGGGUGCUGAAGACUUGGUAGGGUUGAGGUCAAGAACCGUUUUUUUUAAGCAGCUUGAAGUCUUUGUUCUGCUUAGAAAAGUACUGAAAGCAAAGAUUAGGUCCAAACGAGCUGCUUUGUUCCGUAACUCCGUACGUUACAUGUCGAGUGCCUUGUCAAACACUUGCCUUGAAAAGGUCCAAAGUGCGCGACAAAAUCAGGACACGCCCACUUCCUGUCAAACAGUCCAACGGUGCAAGAGACGUAUUUAAAAUGAAGACCUGCUGUCACUAACAUCACUUUUUAAUGUCUAUUUAUUCUCCUAAAACUGUCAUCAUUUGAAGCCUGUUUUUGCCUCUUUUCUUACAUCCUCUCUUCCCCGUCUGACCACUUGUCUCAUGUUCACCAUCAUGGCUGGGAUUUGUCAUCUGCCUUGUCCAAUAAAACAUUUAUAGCCAAAGAAAAACUGCUUUAUUG